CUAAAGCAGUGCCUGCCUCUUCUGCCAGCCUGCCUCUGUCAUGUGGGCAUGUCAGCCGCUCGUCGGGGGGAAAGUGUGAGCGCGUGUGUGUUCAGGCAGAAUCCGCGGAGAUUUAACAGCUCCGUCCAGCUGCGCGCUUAACUCAACAUCCAUCCGCCAUGUUGUUAAGGGGGCUGAGGACUCCACACACACUCGGCGGAGUGGAGGGAGAGAGAGGUCGGCGGCCGCGCUGAGAGCAGCUGAACACCCGCUCUGAAAUGAGCUUGGAGGAGAGUCUGCAGUGAAGGGCGAGGGCAGGAGCAGAGUCGGCACUUCUCACAGGUUUUUGCUAUGGGCUGUGUACAGAGUAAGCAGGAUAAAGCUGCCCCACAGAAGACUGAGAGUUCCUCCACUGCAGCCCAGUCUGCUGCUGACACACACAGACAUUAUGGACCUGAACCUACGCACACACCCCAAAACCAGGCCCCACACACCACUACACACAGCACUUCACACACCGUCACUCACACCAGCACACUUGUGCCUUUCGGGGGUACAGCAGACAUAACACCUUUUGGAGGCAGUUCAUACAAUCCAGCUGGAAGCAGCACAUUUCCUGGCAGUGUAACAGGUGGAGUCACUUUUUUCGUUGCACUCUAUGAUUAUGAAGCCAGAACAACGGACGACUUGUCAUUUAAAAAAGGAGAGCGCUUUCAGAUCAUCAAUAACACUGAGGGGGAUUGGUGGGAGGCAUGUUCUUUAAGCUCAGGUCUACAGGGCUACAUCCCCAGCAACUACGUGGCUCCAGCUGACUCCAUUCAGGCUGAAGAGUGGUACUUUGGUAAGAUGGGGCGUAAAGAUGCAGAAAGACUUCUUCUCCAGCCCGGGAUCCAGAGGGGCACCUUUCUAAUGAGGGAGAGCGAGACCACUAAAGGUGCAUUCUCUUUAUCUAUUCGGGACUGGGAGGAGGAUAAGGGAGAGAAUGUGAAACACUAUAAAGUCCGAACGCUGGACAAUGGAGGAUAUUACAUCACUACACGCGCUCAGUUCAGCACACUCCAAAGCCUUAUCAAACACUACACAGCCCAUGCAGACGGUCUGUGUCACAGGUUGACAGGAGUGUGUCCAACGGUGCGGCCACACACACAGGGUUUGGCUAAGGAUGCAUGGGAGAUAUCCAGAGACUCGCUCUCUCUGGAGGUUAAACUGGGCCAGGGCUGCUUUGGAGAAGUCUGGAUGGGCACCUGGAAGGGCAGCACUAAAGUAGCAGUGAAGACACUGAAGCCUGGCACCAUGUCUCCAGAAGCUUUUCUCCAGGAAGCUCAAAUCAUGAAGAAACUUCGACAUGACAAACUGGUGCAGCUCUAUGCUGUAGUGUCCCAGGAACCCAUUUACAUAGUGACAGAGUACAUGAGCAAAGGCAGUCUUCUGGAUUUUGUCAAAGAAGGGGAAGGGAAACUCUUAAAGCUUCCGCAGCUAGUGGACAUGGCAGCACAGACCUCUGAUGGCAUGGCAUUUAUCGAGAGGAUGAACUAUAUCCACAGAGACCUGCGUGCUGCCAAUAUUCUGGUCACUGACAACAUGGUGUGUAAGAUCGCUGACUUCGGCUUGGCCAGACUCAUCGAGGACAAUGAGUAUACAGCCAGACAGGGUGCUAAGUUCCCUAUUAAAUGGACAGCUCCUGAGGCUGCUCUCUAUGGCAGAUUCAGCAUUAAAUCUGAUGUGUGGUCUUUUGGUAUUCUGCUCACUGAACUUGUCACCAAGGGAAGAGUCCCUUACCCAGGUAUGGUGAAUAGAGAGGUGUUGGAGCAGGUGGAGCGUGGGUAUCGUAUGCCGUGUCCUCCAGCCUGUCCAGCUUCUCUUCAUGAGCUGAUGCUGCAGUGUUGGAGGAGAGAGCCGGACGAGAGGCCCACGUUCGACUACAUAAAGGGCUUUUUAGAGGACUACUUUACCGCAACAGAGCCACAAUACCAGCCUGAAGAAGAGCUCUAAAACACACGCACAAGCUCUUAUUUCCUAACUGUUGCAACUGCAGCACGAAGUCGGUUACCAAAAACAACAAUUUCAGUGCAUUUCCUUGUACUUACCUAGGAAAAGAAAAUGUGUUACUUUGAAACUCACUUAUAAUAGAAGCCAUUGGGCAGUUGCUAAAUCCAUCAGUAAGCGUUUAUGCAAAAUGUAUUUAUCUUUUAUGCUUUUUUCACUUGAAGAUGACAAUAAAUGAAGGUGUAAAUCUGUAUAAUUUGUUCGUUCAGAGACGGGACUAGUUUGUAGUAAUACAUAACCAGAGUAGUGUUGGAGGUGGAGUUUUCAGUCCUGACGGACUGCGUAUGGGUACCAGAAGCGAAAGUAACCGAUCUCGUUUUUUGCUAUGUUGCUUCAGUGUUCUAAAAUUCAAUAAAACGUCAGGACAACUGCUCUGGUAAGACAUUUAUCAUGUAAUGGCAGUAGUUUUGAAUUGAUGUAAUAUAGGCACAUUUCAAAAGUUUGCUCAUGGAAUUCAGCAACAUCCAAAUAACUUAUGUUAGAAAUGAGUUCACCCAGUGGGUUUCCAGUGUUUUUUCUAAGAACAAGGAAAUGUGCUGUAAAUAUUGGUCAUGAUAACUGACUGUACAGUCAAGGUCCAGCAGAUACAAAUAAAGUUAAAAUAUGCUGGAAUGGAAUGGAUAUAGAACAAUACUCAAGCACAUCAACAACUCUAGCCAAGAAAAAAGCAUCUAUUGGAAUCAUUUAUAACUGCUGCAUCAUGAAGCCAUUCAGAAUGAUCGUUGUUUGACCGGUGCCAGAGAAAGACGGUGGGUCAUCCCUAACAUGCACAUUUUAAGCAUUGUCACUGAUAUUUAAACAGAAUCAGUGGACUGGUUUAAUUCCUCUCUGUAGAAAAGCGAAUGACUGUUUUUACAUGAGAAUACAAAUGACUGUUUGGCACAUUUCUUAGUAGAAUUUUUUCCUCUGCAGGCACAGUGCUGGUCACUCCAUCUGCUGGGGGAUUUUUGUAUAUCCUGUACUAAUCAUUGCUACAGAGUUAAUGCUUUUCAGCUUCAGUGUUGCUAACGGAACUGAACAAUACUUACAGUUUCUUUUUGUUUAUUGGUUUCGUUAAAGGCUGAAGGCCCUACACAGUUAUUUUAGCCCUUUACCUUAGCACUAGCUGUCUUGUAAAUUCUCUAAUAAGCUUUGGUUUUACCCUGCAAGACCCUUAAUGCCUAUGUCCCUGUCUUUCUCCUGGUUGUUGUCUCAUGUCACUAUGAGUGACAGUUUUAAAUCCAAGUAUUCAGAAUGUGCCACCUGCAAAAAUAAUUAAAUAAAUAAAUAAAUGACUGUCAAGAAGAGGUAGUCAGCACAAACAAUGGUGUGGACUUUUCUGUUAGUGAGACUAAUCCCACAUAGACCUAUAAAAAAAUUGCUGAAGAACCAGAAAGUGUUCUAAGGAAGAAAAAAUUGGCCGAAACAUUCUGAGGAAAAUACAUGACCAGAACACUUAGAACAAUUUCAUAAAUUAAAUACCACUGUAAAUAUCAGGUAAAUAGGGUAUAGGUUGGCUCUAUAUGUUUACAAGGAAAUCAUAAUUUGCUGAAUAGACUAUAGUAUAUAAAUGAAUUGAGACCCUGUAAACUGAAAUAAAAACUGAAUGUACAUCUUUAAAAUGUGUAUUUUAAAUAAAGGCCCUGUCGUGUA